AUGAAGAGAGAUAUAAAGGCAUAUAUUAACAAUUGCCCUACUUGCUUGCAGUGUAAAUCUUCUUCACUAUCACCAGCUGAACUUGUACAACCAUUACCUAUACCUACCCAAAUAUGGGAAGACCUCUCAAUAGAUUUCAUUGAAGACUUGCCCAAAUCAUAUGAGUCAAAUGCCAUAUUAAUAGUAGUGGAUAGAUUAAGCAAGUAUAGUCAUUUUAUUGUCCUGCAUCAUCUAUUCUCAAUCAAGGAGGUUGCUCAAUUAUUCAUCAAGGAAAUUGUAAGACUCCAUGGAUUUCCAAAGACAGUGGUCUUGGACAGGGGACGAAUAUUCUCAAGUAUAUUUUGGCGUGAGCUACACACACUACAAGGUGACUGAACUCAAACUCGACUCUUCUUACCACCCUCAAACAUAUGGACAGACUGAAGUAGUCAAUAGAUGCUUAGAAAAUUACUUGAGAUGUGUGGUAUUUGAUAAGCUAAAAUAACGAAAAUUAAGGCUUCAUUGGGCAGAAUAUAGUUACAAUACUUCAUAUCAUUAUUCUAUUAAAAUGACUCCUUUUCAAGUGGUAUAUGGCAGGGACCCCCCAAAACUUAUCAAAUAUGAGAUAUCUCCUUCACCCCUUGAUGUUACCGAACAACUACUCUCAAAACGAGAUCCUACCAUCAAGAUUCUGAAAUUCAAUUUGCAAAAGGCACAAGUGAGGAUGAAGUUUAAUACAGACAAGCAUUAUAGAGAAGUUGAAUUAGAGGUGGGUCAUUUGGUAGAUGAGAUCUCUAGCGAAAAAGAAAAACGAGAAGUUAAGCCCUUGUUAUUUUGGUCCAUAUCCUAAUGGAAAGAAUUGAACCAGUGGCAUAUAAACUCCAACUGUUAGACCAUUCGACUAUUCACCCAGUGUUCCAUAUAUUCCAGCUCAAGAAGACACUCAGAACGGACAAAAAAAGCCAGCCAAUUCCCCCGACACUAUCAUAAGAUCAAUAAUGGAUACUAAUUCCAUAUGGAAUAAAAGCUUACAAGUCAACUCCUCAAAGCGCAGAAAUAUUAGUUUCAUGGAAACAUCUUCUAGAGUUUGAAUCGUCAUGGAUGACAAUACCAACAUUCCUUCAGCAAUUCCCUACAUCUCACGCUGUGGACAAGGUGAAACUCAUGGGGGGAAGUAAUGUUACGAAGUCAACUAUCAUCUACACAAGAUGA